AUGAGGAUUUAUUCGCUGGAUCUGGCUCUGAAGUACUGCAACUACUUCUUCACCUCCAUGUUCGUGCUGGAGGCCGUGCUCAAACUCACCGCCUUUGGAUUCCGUCGCUUCUUCAAGGACAGGUGGAACCAGCUGGACCUGGCCAUUGUGCUGCUGUCCAUCAUGGGCAUCACUCUGGAGGAGAUCGAGAUCAGUGCCGCGCUGCCCAUCAACCCGACCAUCAUCCGGAUCAUGAGAGUUCUGCGGAUCGCCCGAGUGCUGAAGCUGCUGAAGAUGGCCACCGGGAUGAGAGCGCUCCUGGAUACUGUCGUCCAAGCCCUGCCUCAGUUUAACAUGAUUCAGAGCAGAAACGUGCAACCCGCCCCUGCCCGUCUGUGGUCGCAUACGGUUCUACGUCUAGAUGACUCAUUUAUGCUCAAACUGAAGCAUAGAGCCUGCCAGAGAGCGCCGCAGGGGGUGGUGUGUUUGUGGCUCAGCACCAUGGAGAGCACCAUGUGGCUCAGCACCAUGGAGGGCACCAUGUGGCUCAGCACCAUGGAGGGCACCAUGUGGCUCAGCACCAUGGAGAGCACCAUGUGGUUCAGCACCAUGGAGAGCACCAUGUGGUUCAGCACCAUGGAGAGCACCAUGUGGUUCAGCACCAUGGAGAGUACCAUGUGGCUCGGCACCAUGGAGAGCACCAUGUGGUUCUGUACCAUGGAGAGCACCAUGUGGUUCAGCAUCAUGGAGAGCACCAUGUGGCUCAGCACCAUGGAGAGCACCAUGUGGGUCAGCACCAUGGAGAGCACCACACAGUCAGCUCCACACACAGCACAUUUACAAGGAAAGUUCUGA